GGCCCAUCUUCACCCCUCAUUUAAUUGAGAGUGAACUCUCUGCAAAUCUCCGUCGCCACACUCGGUUUCUCGUUGGCCAUUCAGAGACUGCUACGCCGCUCGCUUCAUUUACUGGAAGGAAUCGAGGAGUCUGGAGAUGUCGAAACAGAGGUUUAUCGUGGAGGUGGAGCCUUCCAGGCCUGCCAGUGAUGGAAAGCCGUCGAUCGGACCGGUUUAUAGGAGUGUGUUUGCUAAGGAUGGUUUUCCUGAGCCGAUUCCGGGGCUGGACAGUUGUUGGGAUAUUUUCCGUUUAUCUGUAGAGAAAUAUCCUGAUAACCGCAUGCUUGGUCGUCGUGAGAUUGUCAAUGGGAAGCCUGGAAAAUACAUAUGGAUGACUUACAAAGAAGUCCAUGAUGUAGUGCUGAAAGUUGGUAAUUCAAUCCGCAGUUGUGGCGUUGAUGAAGGUGGAAGAUGUGGAAUUUAUGGGGCUAAUUCUUCUGAGUGGAUUAUGAGCAUGGAGGCAUGCAACGCUCAUGGACUAUAUUGUGUUCCCUUAUAUGACACGUUAGGUGCUGGAGCUGUUGAAUACAUUAUAUGCCAUGCAGAAGUUUCCAUUGCUUUUGUUGAAGAAAAAAAGAUUCCAGAGCUGUUAAAAACAUUUCCUAAUGCAGCCAAGUACUUGAAAACAAUUGUAAGCUUUGGAGAAGUUACUCCCCAACAGAAGGAAGAACUAGAAAAGUUUGGUGUGGCAGUUUACUCUUGGGUUGAAUUCUUGUCCUUGGGUGAAAAUAAACACUACGACCUUCCUGUUAAAAGGAAGACUGACAUUUGUACAAUUAUGUAUACUAGUGGAACUACUGGAGACCCCAAAGGAGUAAUGAUUUCUAACAACAGCAUUGUUACUCUGAUUGCUGGAGUAAAGUGUCUGCUAGGGAGUGUUAAUGAAUCAUUGACGGAAAAUGAUGUUUAUUUGUCGUAUCUUCCUCUGGCGCACAUCUUUGAUCGUGUCAUUGAGGAGUGUAUAAUUAAUCAUGGAGCUUCAAUUGGAUUUUGGCGCGGGGAUGUUAAGUUAUUGGUUGAAGAUAUUGGAGAACUGAAACCAUCAGUCUUUGUUGCUGUUCCUCGAGUAUUAGAUCGAAUUUAUUCAGGUUUGCAGCAGAAGAUUUCUACCGGAGGUUUUAUUAAGCACACAAUGUUCAACUUUGCCUAUUCUUUAAAACUACGGAACAUGAGGAAAGGCAUUAAACAAUCAGAGGCAGCUCCAGUUGGUAACAAAGUUGUUUUCAGUAAGAUUAAAGAAGGUUUAGGGGGCAAUGUGAGGCUCAUUUUAUCUGGGGCAGCACCCCUGGCUUCUCAUGUAGAAGAAUUUCUAAGAGUUGUAACAUGUUCCUAUGUGCUCCAGGGAUACGGCUUGACUGAAACCUGUGCUGGUACAUUUGUUUCACUACCCGACGAAAUGGGUAUGCUCGGCACUGUUGGCCCGCCAGUGCCUAAUGUGGAUGUUUGUCUUGAAUCUGUUCCUGAGAUGGGAUACGAUGCCCUUUCUUCUACGCCACGCGGAGAAGUAUGUGUGAAGGGUGACACUUUAUUUUCCGGCUACCACAAACGCGACGACCUUACUAAGGAAGUAUUCAUUGAUGGCUGGUUUCACACAGGGGAUAUUGGUGAAUGGCAACCCAAUGGAAGCUUGAAAAUCAUAGAUCGUAAGAAGAACAUUUUCAAACUCUCGCAAGGAGAAUAUGUUGCAGUGGAAAACUUGGAAAAUAUCUACGGUCAAGUUUCUGACAUCGACGCUAUAUGGAUAUACGGUAACAGCUUCGAGUCCUAUCUCGUUGCUGUUGUUAACCCGAGCCAACGAGCCGUGGAGCGAUGGGCUGAAGAGAAUGGCAUUUCUGGAGACUUCAAGACCCUCUGUGAAAAUUCCUCAGUGAAAGACUACAUUCUCGCGGAGCUAACAAAAAUUGGAAAAGAAAAGAAGUUGAAGGGAUUUGAAUUCAUCAAAGCCGUGCAUCUUGAUCCCGUCCCGUUCGACAUGGAACGGGACAUGAUCACGCCGACAUACAAGAAGAAAAGACCGCAGUUGCUCAAAUAUUACCAGAGCGUGAUCGACAGCAUGUACAAGAGCGGGAAAUAAACAGAUGAAACAUAACAAUGCAUUAUCAGGUUUAGUAACAUAUUUCACUACAGCAUCAAACUCAUUCAUGCGCUUACAUUUUGGUUGGUCGAUUAUUUAUCAGACUGAGGAAGAAUUAGAUUAUAUUGUCACACUACUACUACUGAUUUUAUUAUUUUUACAUGCUUAAUCGUUAAUUUAAAUU